AUGGCGCCCAAUAAGAAGAAGAAAAAAGCAGCCUCUAACCCGGCUCGAGGGUUUGCAACUGUCUCCGUGCCAUCCAAGGUGAAGCCGGCGAGCUCUACUGAGCCAGUAGAGCCCGAAGGACCUGCCAGCUCGGAAAAUCUACCAGAUAAACAACAGGCCGCAGAAGCUUCUCAGAAUACAACUGCUACUCUGCCGGCCAGCCACACGCCGGAGCUGCAUGAGUUAACCCCUGAGGAGCUAGAGCGGCACCUGGAAGAGGCAGAACUGCAGGCUAUCGUCGACAAGCAUGGCGUAAAGUGCAAGGGGGAUGCUGCUCGCUACUCUAUCAAGCUGACAGCCGAGAAACGCCUACUACGGCCCCAGGCAACGCCGCUUAACCACACCAGCGAAUGGCUCUCGUCGGACCUACUGGAGAAAAUCCUCGAGAAAGAGAAAAUAGGCGCAAAAAAACAGCCUGUCCAGGCAAAUAGGACAGAGUUUAAUGGACAGCUCACUCUUUCUGCGGAAGAAAACGUGUGUGUUAACAUGUGGAUCGUUCGUCUUACUCUCCUAGAACUCGGUUUCCAGGAGACGGAUAUUGACGAGGCGUUGAAUAAUCUGCUUCUCCAUGGCCCAUUGGAAAGAAUAUCUGGGAAGGAUCCCAUCCCAGUCUUGGACCAAGCAUUCUACUACCUAGCGCUUUACUUGGACAAGGAUAAUCUAGCUGCAUACGAUGACAACAAGCCGUUAGAAAAAGCAGGUAGGGUUAUCACUGUUGGAGAAGAUGCUAUCAGUAUACUGUCAGAUAAAACUGGAUCAAGGAAUUCCAGUCCUGCAGGCCAGUUGCGAAAUACCACACCCGGUAAAUCCACAGAUGCAACUCCCAGGUCUAUCUCACGCCCCCUAAGCCCAGAAUCUGAAGAAGAUAGUAGUCUUCAUGACCCGGAAAUGCUGCUUCCAGAAUUUCUUAGCCUUCGAUCACGACUCUAUGAACUGGACCCUGGUAUAUUUGAUAAAACAAAUGUCAAAAAGGCUUCGAGGCAGGAUUCUAAACAGACACAAGACCUAAGUCAUGAUCCUGCUAUCGCUAAGCUAAAAAGAAAACUUGCCCGCAUUGAACGAGAUGUUUUGUUUGACUUGCGCGAAGCAGAAGAGCACUGGAUAGGAAGACUAAAAGAAUUGAGACGAGCGACUGGAGAGAAUCUGAGGAAGGCAUAUGACUCGCAGGCAGCUUCUCCUGGCCUCCUGGGCACAGAGCCUGAUGAUUCUCCACCAAAUCCCAUCGAACCCGAGGAGGACGAAGGACUCUUCGGUGAAAUGUUUACAUCGGAACUGAAUGAUACUGGUAGUAACUCGCUACCUGGGACUGGAAACACUACCACCAAGUUGAGAGAUUUCGGAAAAUCAGUAGGGGUUAAUCCACGAAAGGCUUUGGAGGAUGCCUGUAGAGCCAGAGACACCAAUUAUAGGCUUGCCUACCAUACGCUCUCUGCCUGUGCGUUCUCGCAUCGCAAAGCGGUGGAAAUAAAGUGGUCAAAAGACCAAGAUAUCAUGUUUGAAGCACCGCUCAAGGACACCUCGUACAACAUUUCUCCCCGGUCGUUGGCAUUUUAUAUGACCGGCCUAAGCGCUGCUUCAGCUCCACAGGCCGAAUCAUACAUUUCAACCGUUGCCUUGUUUGUAUUAUCUUCUCACGCGUGGAAGGAGAGCAAGGCAUCCAUGAAGCUCACAGGUGUAUGGAAAGAUGUCUGGGAUGAAGUGGCUCAAGAAAAGAAAGAGUAUAAUGACAAUGCCGAUAGACACGCCGUUAAGGCUAUUAAGGGCUACCUACAAGCUUACGAAUCUCACCUCGAAGAAGACGUUGUCCUUGUCCACAACUUUAGACAGCGGAACGGUACUGGAGAUGUUACUCCAUCAAAUGAGACUGUACAGCGAAAGCAUAACCAAGCUUCAUUUUCACCUGACCUCCAAAGACUCUGGGCCAAUCGAAGUUCGACUCCUAACUUCCAAAGGAUGGCAGAAUCAAGGGCAGGUCUUCCAAUAUGGUCCUUCAGAGAUCAAGUUAUUGACGCCCUCUCUGAAAAUCAAACAAUUAUAAUCUGUGGAGAAACUGGAAGUGGAAAGAGUACACAGGUCCCUUCAUUUAUACUUGAGAAUGAGCUAGCAUCGGGGCGAGAGUGCAAGAUAUAUAUCACGGAGCCUCGACGUAUAUCUGCGAUUUCGCUGGCAAGAAGGGUCAGCGAGGAACUUGGUGAAAACAAAAAUGAUAUUGGCACAAACCGGUCACUUGUUGGAUAUGCCAUCCGUUUAGAGAGCAAAUUCACGGCUUCCACACGACUAAUUUUUGCGACAACUGGUAUUGUUAUCAGGAUGUUAGAACGACCCCAGGAUUUCGAUAACGUCACUCAUUUAGUUUUGGAUGAGGUCCAUGAACGUACAAUUGAUGGCGAUUUCCUUUUAAUCGUCCUCCGUCGAUUGCUUGACACUCGAGCUGAUCUGAAACUGGUUCUAAUGUCUGCGACCGUUGAUGCUAAACGCUUUUCUGAUUACCUCAACGGUGCCCCUAUUUUGAAUAUUCCAGGUCGCAUGUACCCCGUGAGAACCAAGUAUCUGGAAGAUGCCAUUGAGCUAACCCACCAUCGGCCCGAUAAUGACGAAUCGUAUACCGAUGACACGGAUACUUCAGAAGACGAAAAGGCAUCGACCCCAGAAGAUAGCACCACGUUGAAAUCAACCCUUGCUAGCUACAGCAAACAAACUCAAGCCACCGUCCUAUCAUUUGACGAAUAUCGUUUGGACUAUAAACUUAUCACUGAUCUACUUUCAAAGAUUGCAACUCACUCAGAGCUACGAGACUUCAGUAAAGCGAUCUUGGUAUUCAUGCCAGGUCUCGCUGAAAUCCGCCGGCUACAUGACGAAAUACUCUCCAUUCCGAUGUUCCAAAGCGGCUGGGUUAUCUAUAGCUUACAUUCGUCGAUUGCAAGUGAGGACCAAGAAAGAGCUUUCGUGGUCCCUCCACAUGGCGUGCGAAAGGUAGUGAUUGCUACAAAUAUUGCAGAGACGGGUAUCACCAUUCCUGACAUCACAGCUGUCAUUGAUACUGGCAAGGAGAAAGUUAUGCGUUUUGAUGAACGCCGCCAGAUUUCGAAAUUAGUUGAGGUAUUUGUUGCCCGUGCUAAUGCAAAACAGCGUCGUGGCAGAGCAGGACGAGUCCAAGAAGGAAUCUGCUUCCAUUUAUUCUCGAAGUACAGGCAUGACAAACUUCUUGCGGACCAACAAAUGCCGGAAAUGCUUCGCCUUUCGCUCCAGGACCUCAUCCUUCGAGUAAAAAUAUGCAACUUAGGUGACAUUGAAGGCACGCUCUCUGAAGCUCUAGAUCCCCCGUCUUCGAAAAACAUCCGACGAGCUAUUGAGUCUCUUAAAACGGUGAAAGCUCUUACAGGAACCGAGGCAUUAACGCCUCUAGGGAAACAAUUAGCCAAGCUACCGUUAGAUGUGUUCCUAGGCAAGCUUAUCCUAUAUGGGGCUUUCUUCAAAUGUGUGGAUGCAGCUGUCAGCAUUGCAGCGAUAUUAUCUAGCAAAUCUCCUUUCCUAAACGAUGCCAAUCGGAGAAGUCAGAUUGAAGCUUCAAGAAAAGCGUUUGAAAGGGUUUACAACGCCUACUGUGCAUGGAAGAAACAUCGAGCAGAGAAAAACGAGUUCAGUUUCUGCAGGAAAAACCAUCUUAGCCCUCAAGCCCUGCUGAACAUUGAAGACGUCAAAACUCAGCUUCUGGUGUCUGUAGUGGAUACAGGCCUGGUGAAGUUGAACAGCGAGGACCAGUUGGCCUUGAAUAGUAGUAACGAUACGAUCGUGAACUCGGUGAUUGCCUGGAGUUUCCAUCCGAGGCUCCUCACUCGACAUGGCAAAGGAUGGAGGAACGUCAGCAACAACCAAGCGGUCGUCCUCCAUUCAGCCUCCGUGAACAAGCACACCGAAAACCCGCUGACAUGGCUAUCAUACUAUCACAUCAUGCAGUCUCGGAACAGAAACUACAACGCACACGAGACUAGUGCUGUAGAGGAGCUCGCAAUUGUACUGUGUUGUGGGGACGUAGAAUUCAAGAUGUACGCCGGGAUUAUCUCCCUUGAUGGUAAUCGCGUCAGAUUCAAAGUACGCGAUUGGAAGACGAUGCUAGCCCUUAGAGUGUUGAGUACCAGAAUCAGAGAAGUGAUUGCUCAGGCGCUCAAAACCCCGAAGAAAGAACUCUCCUCGGACCAUAAGCAGUGGCUCGAUCUAUUUUUACAAGUUCUUGCGGUGAAAAAGAAGCCGGAAAAUUUAGAAUACACGAUGAUGUGA